GGCUCGGCGGCGUUCGGUGCUGAAGUGGGGCGGAUGGCAGAAAAACAGCGGCGAUGGACAUUACACCGCAGGAUUCCCAUUUACGAUGUCGUUAAAUAAGCAUCUGGACAUCACGUUUUCACACCUAUCACCCUAGGACACUGACAGCCCAACAGAAAGGGAUGCUGUACUUUCACUGCUCCCUGUACUCUCCAGUCCAUAAAUGACCCUUUCACCGAGAUCCACGGCAGCGUAGGAGACGGCGGCGAGUGAAGCAAAAGGAGCGAGCGAAAUAAGGAAACAAGGACAGGAAGCAGACGUUUCACCUCAGCUCUAGUGUCCCUUUCUGUGCCUGUCGGUCAGGGAUGGUGAGAGCAGUAACCUCUCUUCCCUGUGGUGAAAAGAAGCUCCUCGCCUUGCCCUGCGUCUCCAGCAAGCCAAACAGCCUGUCCGUUAGCCAAACAGACACUAAGACAGUCCACCAGUCAGCCACUCCGUCAACCAGCCUGCUAUUGUCCAGCAACCUAUUACCUCACACCAUGACUGCUCUGUCUGACCUGUUUUUAGGAACUCACUAAUUCAUGCCCCGGAGUGUGAGUGGAGUGGAGAUGAGAAAAAGGCAGGCGGCACACAUCGAGGCCCCACCCCAGGCCCCUGGACAGCCCCGGCCCAACACCUGCUGCCUCUGCUGGUGCGGCUGCUGCAAGUGUCUCUGGAACGAAGACAGGAUGGAGAGGAGUGAACGACAGACCUGCACCAAGAUGGACAGUAUUGAAGCUGCUGAAGAACAACACCCCACUCUAGAGGAGUUGCUGUCGUGGUCACGGAGCUUUGAGAUUAUGCUGCGCUCGUUGAAGGGCCGGGAAGUCUUCCAGGAAUUCCUGCGCUCAGAGUACAGCGAGGACAACCUGCUUUUCUGGUUGGCCUGCGAAGAGCUGAAAAAGGAGAUGGACCCCACGGUGGUGGAGGAGAAGGCCAGGAUCAUAUACGAAGACUACGUGUCCAUAUUGUCACCCAAAGAGGUGAGUCUGGACUCACGGGUCAGAGAAGGAAUAAACCAGACCCUGGCGGAGCCCAGCAAUCUGAUGUAUGAGGAGGCCCAGUUCCAGAUCUAUACCCUGAUGCACCGCGACUCCUACCCCCGUUUCCUCAACUCCUCCGUUUACAGAGACCUCCUGGCCAACAGGAGGCGCACCUGCCUCGACACCUAGACUCCUCCACCCUCCCUCAUCGCCAUCGUACGCCAACGAGACUACUACUUAAACUUCAAAUACUACUAUGGUGCCAGAAGUCGGGUUUGGAAAAUCUCUCCCUCUUUUUUGAUUGAAAAGACUGUAUGACAUCCAAGAUAGCUGGUUGUUUUUUAUUUAUAUUUUUUAAGCAAUUUAUAUCCAGUUCUCCACUGGAGCCAGGUCGGCCUUUGCUGGUUGGUUAUUGGUCAAUUUCGGACCAUUAAUACUGGCCAGUGAUUGUUUUGCUAGCAUUUUGUGCUGUUUGUUACAGUUGACUGGCCAAACCGCCUGUCAGCUAUCUGUUGAAGUGGCCAACCUGAUGGCUGGCUGUUGGUUAACUGUGGACAAGGACUCCCCAGGCGGAGGGGACAGAAACAGAGAGAGAGAGAGAGACAGACAGAAAGGACAAGCCAACUGUUCCUGUACUGUAAUAUUUAAACCUCAUGCUUUCUACCCUCACUUUAAUAUUCUCCAACUCACUCUCUUUCAUAUUUUUUGGUUUUUCUAAUUCUGUCCCAUUCCUCAGAUGUUUUGUUUUUCAUUUCUUUAUUGUCCAAACUUGACACCUAGUUGUUGGUGGGGGUUGGGCCGUCUCUGCCCAUUUAACCAGUAGAAGCACUGGCUCUGCAUAUAACUCUCUCUCUCUCAACAGUAGCUUGACAAUGUAAGCCGCGGACUGCAACUAUUUUUUGAAUAUUGAGAUGUAUGAAGACAAGGGACAUGUCUCUCUGUCUGGCUGUCUAUGUUCAGUGAAGGGAAAAGGUACACUUCUGCCAAUUUAAAGCUUACUGCAGUUUUUUAUUGAGGAGAUUUGAUGGCUUCUGCAGCAGCAGCACAUACCCAUCCAUCCAUCCAUCCACCUGUCCUUCCAUCCGUCCGUCCAAGCACUUUCCUUUAGGAUUCUUUAACUGGGAGAAGUAAGGGCUAUAAUUGUGGUUGGGCAGCUACAUGUAUUACUAUUACUCAUGAACUUUAAACAAUCUCUCUCACUGAGAAAAUCACAAUGCCUUUACAUGUAAGGAAACGCAGCAAAAGUGCUGUUGGAUUUUUUCUGGAAAACAACCACAGUUUGUCCAACGAUCCCUACCUCCCAUCUUUUCCCCCUCACCCAUCCUCUUCCCUCCAACCCAGACCAUCACAGCCUGACAAGCACAGGUGCCCAAUGUGGGAGGGUGGUGUUGGUGGUGGUGGGAUGGGGGGGCACCACUGGAGAAAAUCAAAACAAACCCACAUUGACUCCAGUCAUCUGAAUUUUGAAAUUCUUGAGCAGAAAAAGAGGGGUUACCUUCUAGUGUUAAACAAUGAAUUGAGCGUUAUGGAAAGCUGGUUCUGCUUGGAGAACUUAAGCAGAUGCAGCAGGCACUGAUGUAAUUGGAAAGGUUACUGAGCCCUGGCCUUUGUCCGUAAGGCUUUAACUUUAGAUGCUGUAGUACAUGACAGUCUCUGGAGAUGAACGUCCAAUAUCACGCUGCAGAUACGUGACCCGGGUGCCAAAACAUUAUGUCAAAGAUGCUGUGAAGCGAUAUUAGAUGUGGCUUGUCACCAGACUUCCCCGGUCAAUCCGGUAAAUGUCUGUUGCUCCAGCAGAUGAAGCUGGGAGAGUGUAUGGCAGUCCUUCAGUUGGCUACUACCUAUUCACAACACUUUUUUUUUUUUACUAGAGCUAGUGAAGAGGGUUGGUAUAAUAAUGCUAACAUGCUACUGUACUGGGCUAGCGAAGAAGUUGCGUAGUAUGCCACAUGCUAGCCCUUUCAACAAGGCUAACUAGGUUUCAGCAUGCUGUAGGCAAGCAGUUAGCAUGCUUGUGCUAGCUAUGCUAAUUCUCCACAGCACUGCCAGCCCUCAAACACUCUGGUUUGUUUUUCUAAUCUGACUUUGACAGCAUGUGAUAAUGUGUGUAUGAUACAGUUACACACUUAACAGACAUUUUUUUGACAAAAAAAAAACCUUUAAGGGGGGUCUUGCCAAAUGUCCCACUAAUAUUUUUAGUAUAUUAAAGGACAUUUUGUUUUUAGGUGAUGUUAGCAUUUGAACAUGAACUUUGUUCCUGGCCUGUGGAUGUGCAGUAGAAAGUGCAUGAGUGCAGUAUAUGCUAUUUUUUUUAAUUAACUGGGCCUCCAAGUAUAUUGAAUAUGAUGGAUAUGAUGGAGCAGACCUCUUGGUUUGGCGGUUAGUGCUGUCUUAAAGUAUAAUGAAACAGUGCCGCUCCUCACUGAUAAAUGUAGGCAUCCAUGUUGCCAUCUCCUUCAACUACCUGAAGUUCACGUGCCAAGUUUGGUCUAGAUUAAAUUUAAGAGUAGACAGUGCAGGAUGUCUAGCAGACUAUUGAAGUGCAAUUGGAUGUAGUUAGUGAUUAUAGACUGGAGUCUGUUUAAAGCAGUGUGCCACUAUGUUAGAUUGGUUUUGAAUUGUCAGAAGGUUAUCUUAUACUCUUAUAAAUGACUUACCACAACACCUUGUUUUAAUGCCACUGUUGGAUUGCUCAAGAAACUGGCUGCCUCUGGUUGGCAAGUUUUAUUAGAGGAACUAAAUAAGGAAACAUGGGAUUUUGAGUUUUCCUCUAGACUCAUUUUCACUUUCAAUGUUAAAAAUGCUAACUGGAUGAAACUUCCAGUUCAAAACCAAUCAUAUUACUACAAAAGCUUUCAGUCGUGCAGUAUGGGUUAUAAAUUUGUAGGAUUCACACUGUAAAGUCAAGAAGGCAAGUCUACACCAAUAAUCACCAAACAGUUUUACAAUGUUUCUUAUUGAAAAUAUACUAUGUUUAACUGUUGGCAAUGCAGGACUCACAUGCAGACUACAUUCGUACCCACAAAGACUUGAUUGAUAUUGCUUUGCUGCUUUAAUGAAGAGCUGUGCAUGCAUGCGCUCAUUUGAUCAGAAGCAGAGGAAUACGGAGUAAUUAACCAAUUCUCAAUUUUCACACUUACUUCUUGGAGCAGUUUUCAUUUCCAGGAAACAUAAGCAUUUUAGACGAUACAUUUGGAUGACUCUGUAACUUUUUGACUCAGUAGAAGAAUCAUAAAGCUCUCUUGCAGACAAAUCCCUCUUCUGCAUAGUACAGCCAUGUUUCCUUGUCGCUGAGUCUAUACAGUAAUUAACACGAGAAUGUUUCACCAAGAACCAGAUAAUGAAAUCAUGGUGCAAUUAAACCAAGUUUACAUUUAUAAAUUGUGAGAUGUGUGUACCUUAUUAAAUAAUCGUAACAGUGGGCAGUAUACUGUCCCAAGUGUCAGCAGAGAAGCCAGCAGUUUACGGCUGGCGUGAGACUCUGCCUUGUGCUAACUCUGUUAGCACUUUACAGGGUUUACAGGGAGGACAGACACAGCAGAAACCCAGGUAACAGUGUUUUACAGGGAGGACAGACACAGCAGAAAGCCAGGUUUUCUGCUUACGUUCUUUCCUCUUAAUUUAUUGUGACUUUUACACAGUGCGGAAAAGUACACGGUUGUCUAUUUUUAAUAACUGCAUUUCAGAUGUGGAUUUUACAAGCAAUGAUGAUGAUGUGAAGUGAUGUAGUGUCAUCGCUGAGUUUAGGUUUUUGUCUUUUAAAUUUCCAUGGGUACCAAGUGAGUGGGCUUUUGAAAUGUGGCUGUGGUUUUAUUGACUGAAAAAAAAAAGGUUGAGAGCUGAAGUGUCCGGAUAGGGUGGAGGAGGUUUGCAAAGCUUUGGCCUUACUGACACAUUUUAUUUUAUUCCUUUGUAUAAAAAAAAACAACAACAAACGUCUCUGUAGGCUUUUCACUACCUCUCAUGUUGGUUAAUUUAUUUCACAUCUAGUUGUCAAUGUACAAGUUGUUUUUAGAUCUACUUGAAGCCUAACACUGUAAACAAAAUGUGCACAGAAAAAUGACUAUGUAUAUAGCCAGAGGGGUUAAAGAGAGCUUGGCCUAGUCAACAUUAUUUUUUUGUUUGUAUGUAUGUUUGUUUUAAAUUCUGUUGAGCUGAACUAGAUUUUGCAUCUCUGUAAAGAAUUCAGGAAUCCACUGUCUAAGGGCUAAUCCCAUUUUUGCCUAUGCAAAUCUGUUACUGUGGGUGAGUUGGGAAAGGGCAAACUACCGCGCCUUUCACCUGUUUCAGAAGGACCAUGGUUUACAUUGCCCUUUGCUGAUAUUCUUCAAUCUUAUUCAGCAAAAAUGUACGCUUAUUUUUGUUUAUAUAUAAAUAUAUAUAUAUAUACACAUAUAUAUAUAACAAGUAAUAUACAGAGAAAAUAGUAUAUGCCUUCGUGAUGAUAAAAAAGAAACCUUGCUGAAAACAAAUAAAUGUGUUGUUGUCUGACAUCAUGUGGCUGUGUGCUGGAGUCUUGGUAAGAUGAUAUAGACGACUGUUGAAGUUGACUGACUGAAGAAAACUCAGGCUACAACGCUAGUAGCUGACCCUGUACAGUAUUUGCUGAGGGGAAAACUUUAUUCAUCAUGACUUUCUGUGACAAACAUUGUCAUCCAGCCCCAGCCUGGGAGGUAACUUAGGUAUUCUCGCCACCCAGAACUUGUAAGUUUUAAAGCUAGACUAUGUAACUUUUGUUAAACAAAGGCUGUAUCCUCAUUCAAAAGUUACAUAGUCUCACUUUGAAGGUCUGAGUCAGAGAAAACCUUGAAACAAGUUGAGUCAUUUAUGUUAUCUGCCUUUGUCAUGUGCACUGUCUAUAUGUAAGUCACAUUUUAUAACCAGUAAUUAAUUAAUAAAAUUUAAGACAUUCCACUUGCCAUGAAAUAAUUAACAUGUUAUUGUGAUCAUAUUUUUGUUGUUUGUCAGUGACACUGCACAGCUGUUAUGAAUUUGUAGUUAAAUGAGUGCAGCACCAUGUCAUGAGCAAACAACAGCAACUUUUUUCUAUUCUUCAACUUGUUUGCUUUCGUAGCCACAUCCAGUCAGACUAUCACUGUGUUAAUACAGUAGCGUUGAUGUGGAAGACAUCAGCAGAAGAGGGUUGUCUGUUUUAAGAAGAGUCAGUUAUAUACAAGCCCGUUCACUCAGCUCACAUGAGCCACUUUUAGCUUUGAGUUGAGGUUUGAUUUAGAUCUAAUUUUAUUUUUUUAACUCUUUAUUCUUUCAGAAAAUUUAGCUCCUGAACAGAAAUAGAAAUGAGAAUAAGAAGAUUAAUGUUGUAUAGAUUUAUUCCACAAUUCCUCACAGUGCAUCAUGGCUAAAGAAAAGACAGUUUUAUCGACUGAUGCUGGUUUGAAACCUGCUUUGUGUGUUCCCUCAGUUGGAUUUGGUGCCUCUUUAUGCUUUGCAACAGACCUCAAGAUCUCUUUUUCUCUCUCUCUCUCUCUCUCGGGCUCUCACUUCCUCUUUCUGUAAAAUCACACAUCCAAAACUGUUGAUAGCAGUUAGAUGUUUGCUCACACCCUCAUAUUGUGUCUUUUGUACCUCUUUCAGAGGUGUUUGUGCUACUUUGGGAAAGAGAUCAUGUUUGUGCAGGUACUGGUGGAAGUAGGCUUUCAACAGCUUUAGGCAAUCACUUUUCUCUUUAUUGAUUUAGAUGCCUAAGCCGCUUCGGUUUUUGUCAUGCCUUUGUAGAUAGAUCACAGUCGAGAUGACCCACAGGUGAAAAUAAAAAGAAUUUUACUGUCACUUUAGGUGAUUAAAAAAGUGAUUUUUUUUCUAUUCAGCAUGCUUUUUGCUAAAUAAAUGAAAUAAUUCAGUUAUUUGCUAUAAACGAUACUGUAUGAGUAUGUAUUCAAGUACUGCAGUAUGCAGACAAUUAAAAAUAUCAGAUACUCUUUUGUGAGGUUCAUAUUUUUCUUCUAGUAUGUUUCACUAAUAUUGAUGGUUAUGGGGUCUUAAUUCUUGUUUUGAGUGUCUUAUUAAUUGCCAAAACAACUAAAUGACACUCUUUGUAUUAACAAAUAUAGACUAUGGUCGGUUAUUUCCACAUGCAUGAGUUGCAGAAAAAUUUACCAGGAAAGUGCAAGUGCAACAGGCUUUUUAAUCAGUCCAGCUCAACUUUUCACAAUUUUUCACUGGUUGCUUGACAACUUCUGAUGAUGACUGAGAUCCUGACUAUUUUAUUUACAUCAAGGCAGGUGAUCCAUGUAGUCACUAAUGCAGUGAGGAGUGAAAUGUAUUUCUCUUGCAGAGCCUUAUCAUGCCACACAAAGCAAAUGUGACCUCUAGUUUUCAUAUUUAUAAUGCAGAGAUGAGAAGAUGACAGUUGAGCUUUAAACUGCCAGUGAGAGUGAGCUCAUGAGCUCAGUAGAUUGCGCAACUUUCUCAAACAUCUCAGAGUGCUGUGUCCCUAACCUUCAGGGUCUUGCUGCUCAAGGAUCUGAUUGCUUUUAAUCAUGACUUUGAAUUUUAUCAAAGGAAACUGAUCAUCAAUCCUUGAUCGCUGUCCCUGAGAUGCAGGACUCUCUCCACUGUAGCACUGCAAGACUUUUCUAGACUUAUUAGUCCAACCUUGACAAAACGCCAUCCUCUGUUGUAGAAAAGCAAAGGAGGGACUAGUCUCAUCUAGCUUUGUCUUACAGGGAUGUAAAUCUGUACUUCAAGACAGAGCUGUUACAAGUUCAACAGCACUGAUUAUUAGGGCAUUUGUACAUUGUGAGAAAUUAUUAUUUAAUUAUGUUGGUAAUGGCAGUUCUCUGCAUGAUAGUAAAAUACAGAUUCACUAAGAACAGUAGAAUCAAGGAGAAAGAAAUAUUUACACCCAAGUCUAGUUUAGACAAUGUGGAUUCUCAACUUGGUUAACAAAUGUACAGUAGCUGUGUAAAACUGUAGUUAAAAUGUGAUUGGGGAGGAGAGUUGUUAAAGAAACAAUUAAUCAUUUUUGGGAAAUACACUUAUUCACUCUCUUGCUGAGUGUAAAGUGAGGAGACUGACACCUCCAACCUGUGCGCUAACCAGGAAGAUACAAGCAUCAGCUGGUUAGCUUAGCUCAACUAGGACUAACUAGCUAAGACUAAUGAGAUGAAACUGCUAGCCUGACUCUGUCCACUUCUAAAACUCACAUAUUUUACCUCGUAUGUUUAAUGCGUACAAAAACACCAGUAUUGUUUUAUGGGUGGUAACAUAAUGUGCAGGGUGCGAUUUGCGGGGGGGGGGGGGGGGGUGGAUGCGUGGUAUUUCCCCCCUUAUGGUUUGUAUAUCCCCCCAUCUGAGUGAUCUGCUUCAAUAGUGAUGCAACUUGUCACAAAACGCACAGCUCGGAUCGAUCCGUAGUUUUGUUAGGGUUAAAUUAAUUAGAAAAUGCGCUACUUUGGCUCUGAUCCAGCUGCCUCUCUCUGUCUAUGAGUCAUCACCAGGCUGGAGACUUGUUUAAUGUCCCGCCCACGGCAGUGUGUGAUUGGAUACAAGUCGCGAAUAAUAGCCUAUCAAUAGCCGAAGGGAAGACAGCCGAUAUUAGUGAAGCUGCAAUAAAUUCACAAUCUGACGAUCCGUUUCUACGAUGACAAGAAGCCCAGUGUCAAUGUUACACCUUUGAGCAUGCCCGAAAACACAGCUAAGGGGUUUCAGUUAAUGAAAGUGACGGCUUUUAAAUCAGUCUCUCUCUCCUUACCCACUCACUUCACCUGAGAGGUAGCAUGCAUCUGUUUUCCCUGCAGCUCUUCAUGGCGACGUGACGCUCCGUAUUACUUGAAUAAUAAACGGGGGGAGCAGUUCGGGGCGGUGGGAGGGGGUUUUACACAAAUCGCACCCUGGUAAUGUGUCAGUCUGUUUCACGACAGCUCAAUAAAUACUUCUGCUAAGCUAAGCUACCUGGCUGCUGGAUACAAACACGAGAGUGGUAUCAAGCUUCUCAUCUUACUCUUGGCCAGCAAAUAAGCUAAUUUCCCAAAUGUCAAACUGUUCCUUUAAAAAAAAAAAGAAAGAAAAAGACAACAAUAGUGGAGCUAUGUAGAAGUUUUAAAAUAGAAGGAACAGCAAGGUUAAAUUUGCCUGACAAGGUUUUCUAUAAAACUGUCCCAGUAAGUACAACAGUGCGUCUGGUGGAUUGUAUGUGCCAAAAUUAUAAUCUACCCUUUGUUUAAAUGUGAAGGGGUCAAAGGAAUUGUUGGAAAAUCACAUGGUCUGUUGGACUCAAAAUGUUCCUUACAAAAAUACAUUUUCAUGUUGCUGUCGUUGGGUUUGUGUAUCUCUCUGGAUCAUCCAUUACUUAAUCAACAGACCUGAAGACUUUGUAAACAGGCACUGAACACUUACAAGCAACCAUAUCAGAUCCAGUGGAAAUUGUAACUGUCACAAAAAAAAGCUGUUCACUAUUUUUUAUUUGUUUUGUACUGAUUUAAUUUAUUUUAACAGGAGGUUUAUUUUAGUCUUUUUUCUUUUUAUCUCAAAAGACACAAAUUGUUUUUCACUAGUUACCAUCGUGUUCAAUUGUGGUACAUUCUGAUCUACGGUUCAGUCUUUGUCUCUGUCUUUGUUUACACGAUGACAUCUUGCAUUAAGAGAAAACUUCAAACUAUGGUAACUGCCCUUGAUUAUCUGUAAUUUAAAUAGUGCUGCUAGAGAAAUAAAUCUACAUGUAACAACUUACAAUAAAUACUUAAUAGAUUUUUGCC